AUGUCAGCAUACGCAGGAUUUUCAAAACCGGGGUACGGAGCCCAGGGCGGCGACGACUCGGGCGGUUUCAUGGCAGAUGGCUCCCAGCAAGGCAGCCAGAGUGGCGGCAAGGCAUACCAGGACGAAUCGCUACGACCCGUCACCGUGAAGCAAAUCGUCGAAGCCGAGGAGGGAUACUCUGGUGGCGACUUCAAGAUUGACGGCGCUUCCGCUCCCCAAGUCACAUUCGUCGGGCAGAUUCGCAGCGUCAACGCGCAGGCUACCAACAUUACGCUAAAGAUUGACGACGGCACCGGCCAGAUCGAGGUCAAGAAGUGGAUUGACGGCGACAAGCCCGAGGACCCAGACGCCUACGAGCUGGACUCGCACGUCCGCGUCUGGGGCCGCCUCAAGUCCUUUUCCAACAAGCGCCACGUCGGCGCGCACGUUAUCCGCCCCGUCGCCGACUUCAACGAGGUCAACUACCACAUGCUCGAGGCCACCUACGUGCACCUCUUCUUCACCCGCGGCCCUCUUGGCGGCGCGGGCGGCGCGCAGCAGAACGGCGGCGCAAACGGAGACUCCAUGUUUGUCGACGGCGGCGCGGGCUACGACGGCGGCGCCAGCCAAAACGCCAGUAAGCUGACGCGGUGCACGCCGGGCGCCAAGAAGAUGUUCAACUUUUUGAGCUCGGCGCCGGGCAGCAACGAGGGCGUCGACAUCAACAUUGUCACCAGCUCGACGGGCAUGUCGACGCGCGAUGUCCUGUCGGCAGCGGACGAGCUACUCGGCCAGGGCCUGAUUUAUACUACGCUAAACGACGAGACGUGGGCGAUUCUGGAAUACUAG